CAGCCAGAAAUAUGAAAGUCCAAUCUCCCAAACCGGGAGUCCGGACGGAGGAGAGCAUCCCCGGCCCAGCCCAACAGAACAGACUCCAAUCCGCGAGCCCAGUUGCCGAGACUGCUGCCGUGGCCAGGCAGGCCAGCGACCCCAUCAUGGACUGGCAGGCACAUAUCCUAUCCCUGGACCCACGAGUCCAGUUCGCAAACGAGGGGACCCCAGGAGGUCCUAGCCCAGCUGGGCAUAUGCCGUCCCAACCUCCGGCCCCAAGGACCAAAAUGACGGAUGAAGACACCAGCGACCCUGGCCCGGCCACGCCGGCACCAGGCCGCUCUGUCGAUCCAGGGGCAGAGAGGGUGGCCCGCGAGAACGGCGCCCACUCCCCGGCAUGGGAGGCGCGAGCCUAUUCCGUCGGUACGGCAGCGGAGAUGGCCGUCCAGGGGAGCAGAGCCUCCUCUGCAGCCCACCAGGAGAGAGUCCAGUCGGUGGACGAAUGGGUGGAUAUGGUGGUCCAGGAGGAUGGCGCCGCUCACACAGCCCCCCCAACCCGCCAGGCGCGAGCCAACCCCGUCGAUCUGGGAGUUGACAUUGCUGAUGAGGUGUCAGACUCUGAGACUGUCCGGGGUGAGGAGUUGGUGUCGGACAGUAUGGAAAUCGAUAGCGGCACCCGCUAAGGGAGGGAGGGGCACAAGAAAGAGCACCGGGGUAAUUGCGUCAGACGAGUUCGGACAAGCUAUGCUGCCCGGCGCAGCCCAAGUGUCAGAGUCUUGAAUGUGACUGUUUGAGUUGAGAACGGGAAGAUUAAUAUUUCGUCCGUAGGCAGACGCCCCGGUGAACAAGUCGUUUGUAGUCGCCCGAAAAAGAUCGGUAGGGCGGUGUCGACAAAUUCGUAAAGGGAGCCCUUUGGUGUCUCUUUUGUCCGGCUGGUG